AUGGGCCGCGACAAGGACGGAGUCUGGACGCAGUGCUUCGCGGGUGCAUGCGUGUUCCACGUCAGCAACAUCGUGGCAGGGCCCUGCGGCCUGCCGGACCUCCUGACAGGGCGGAGAUCCCAGGGCCUGGAGGGCAAAGAGGAGAACAGCAAGGAGGCGUGCGGCAAUGGACGUGAGGGCAGCGAGCCCCAGCCCCCCUCCGAGCAGGAGAUGAAGAAAGAUUCAGUCUCCAAGAAGGCCACGGCUGCAGAAGAGCGCGAGGCCUUCCUCCAGGCAUUGAUGCAGGACCGGGCCGAGGCCGACAGGGGAGCCAGGGGAGCGGGGGAGUUUGCCCAGCGCGCUUAA